AUGAGCGUUGUGCUGAGAUGUGCUGAGAUGUUUCUUUACCAGGAGCGCAAGCAGGAGCUGCCAUCUGGGCCACAGAUCUUUUUGGCGGAUGUCUCCCUCCUUUUCCAUCAGGACCCAGAUGUCAAGCUACCAUGGAUUCAUCGCGUGAAGUGUGAACUGCCGCGUCGAGUGGGGCGCUUGGCUGGAGAUUUGCCUGUCAAGGCCAGCUACAUAGGUUUUGGGACUGAUGCUGCCGGAGAGGGAUAUGAGCUUUUCAAGGAGGCAAUGGCAGAGAUUGGAAUUCUCCUGUGCAGGCAUAUCCAUCAUCCCCCAAAUCGCUUCGAACUUGCUCAUUUGGAGCAGUCCGACCUUGUCUUUUUGGAUCGCGGGGAUCGUAAGCGUUUGUGGGAAACCUUGGGGACAGACAUUGGCAGCGAAGUGGCUGAGCACGUGAAGUGGCGCUAUUUGCAAGGUGCUGUGGUCAUUGCGGUUGGAGAGUCCAUGACACUGCUGGGAGAGAAGUCCUGGUAUUGCUCCAAUGACAUGGUCGUUCCUUUCAAAGGUUGGGGCAUUUUUCCCCAUAUCGUUGCACCAGAAGAUGGCACCGACAUGGAAGACUUGGUGGAGCAGCUGGGUGGCGCUGGAGUGGUAGUUCUGGGCAUUCACAAGGGCGGCGGGAUGAUUUUCAACAAGGAUGGCCUUGUCGAACCUGCGCGACAAAUGAUCCAGGAGUACCGCUGGGACUGGCAAUCGAAUAGCGUUAAGCAAGCUCUGCUGCUAGGUCCUCCAAGGAACACGGGGUUGAUCUGCCCGCUGUACGUGGCCAGUAGGGAAGCCUUCGGUGAUGAGCUUCAGGAUGUCUACGCAUACGCACUUACUACAACAGAAGAGGAGGAAGAGGAACGCCUGAUCUCCAAGUUUGACCCUUUUGACAAGUGGGUCACGGUGGAGACGCAGCAGGAGCUGGAUGCCUUGAAAAAACAAGGAAACGAAGCAUUCAAGGCAGGAAAGGCGGAUUUGGCUUAUGUUCACUACAACCAGGCGCAGGUGCUCCUAUCCAGCUCCUCAAAACCUUGGGCAGAGCUGCCAGAAGACGUCAGGAAUGAGCUGCAGAAGUCAGGGCAGGAUUCAAGAGGCUCAAAAGGGAAGGAGGAUUACAAGCUCGAUUGCAAGGCCUCCACCAUCCAGCUAUCUUUGCUUCUGAACAUCUGUGCCAACAGCCUCAUGGCAUACAGUCAGGACCUGGCGAGAAGGAAAGACGCAGCAGAGUCGAAGGAGGUGGAAGCAACGCCCGCACCAGCCGCCCACGAAGAUUCUACGAUGUUAGUGGAGGUGAAGGACAACCUCGUCUUGGCUUUCAGGGCCGCAAACGAGGCGUUGCGGAUCUCCCUGGCACGGUCUGCCAAGGCAUGGUUUCGCCGAGCCAUGACCUUUGAAAAGAUGAGAGACUACUGCAAUGCCGUGUUGGAUUUGGAGGAGGCGCUCCUCCGCGAACCUGGAGACAAAACCAUCACCAAGAAGAGAAAUGAGAUGAGGGACUUGGCCAGCCAAGUGGCGGAGAACAUGUACUAUGCGCGGCACAAGGAGCUGGACUUACAAGAGCAGCGACUGAAACUGGAAACACGCCGAUCCUUGCAUUUGCUUGGCUACCUGGGAGUGGACAAGUAUGAUGACAAGGAUCAGCAGUUCGCAGUGCAGCAGCCACUGGCGAGAGUGGUCGAAAGCACUUUGGAGGAGGUAGACGGGCGACUGGCCCUGCGUGCGCCCACAGUGGUAGCUGCAGAAACAGCACCGUACCUUCAUACUCAUGCGUUGUGGACGUGGGAAUUCUUGGUGCAGCGAAGUGUGGGGCUUCGGAUGCUGUGCAUAGAAGAUGUGGAUCUGGGCUCUGGUCCUUUGGAAUGGCUUUGCAAAGGCCUGCGAAGUCACCAGGAGAUCCAGGCCUUACAUCUGACGGGUGUUCACCUGGGCCCAGCUGGCUCCAAGAUGAUGCGCAACGUCUUGGCGCAGAAUCGAUCUCUGAUUGAGAUCAAAUUGGACAGUUGUGGUCUUUUGGACUCUGGCUUAGCGGAGCUGUCCGAUGGGCUGAUUGACCACUGUGGUCAAUUGGAAUUCCUCUCCCUUCGUCAGAAUUUGAUCACCUCAAGAAAAUUGAGCAAACUAGUUGCCGCUCUAUGCGCGGAAGAGAGCAGUCCCUCGUUAGGGGAACUGGACUUAUCUGAGAACCCCUUGGGCACAGAGGGUGCGAAGGAACUUGCAAAGGCAUUGAGUUCGAGUUCGCAUAAUCUCCGUGUUCUUCGACUGCAGGACUGUCAAAUGGACCUGGCUGCAUUUUGGAGGCUUGUCGCAAAGCUUGACAACGACCGGCCCCUGACCCACCUGGAUCUGAGAGUGAAUCCUGUUGGCUCUGGCACCCGACGUUGCUGGCGCGGCACCAUGGCUCCCAACAUCCGUUGCGAGGUGAUGCUGUCGGACCGUCCAUUAGCCAAGCGAGAGGUGGCAGAAGAGCCAACCGCAUCAUUUCCCCUUCCGCGCUGGUGGGUUUGA